AUGAGCGCGUCUAGGUUCAUAAAAUGCGUGACCGUCGGGGAUGGUGCCGUUGGCAAGACCUGCAUGCUCAUUUCCUACACCAGCAACACAUUUCCCACGGUAUACCUCCCCAGCUGGUUCUCUUCCCUUUUAUUGUUCGUCUUCGUUGCAAUCAAUUGCAGACUAGGGUUUUAUUUUGCGAGUACUUACUGUUUGGUUGAGGAAAAUAUUUCAUCGGUUACUCCAUUGCAAUCGAUGCUUUGCCUCUGAUCUCUCUACAUGAUCCCAGGGGAUCACGGUCUAAGUUUUUGGAUUUUCCCCCCCUUCGUUGGAAUGUCUGCAUAGUGAUCCUAGUUUUUGAAAUCGGAUAUUAGUGCUUUCCACAAUCAGAGGUUGGAAAAGUUAGAUGUACCUUUAGAGCUGCCUUUAGGCUUUUUCUCUAUUUUUUCAUUAUUUUUUAUUGCUACCAUGGUGCAGGAUUAUGUGCCCACAGUUUUUGACAACUUCAGCGCAAAUGUUGUGGUGGAUGGUAAUACUGUUAACCUGGGUUUGUGGGAUACUGCCGGUAGGUUUCUACCCUAAUCAUUUUAUGAUCAUGGAGUACCUGGGAAAGAAAAUAGAAAUAAUUUUCUUUCGGUUUUUAUGUCUUCUUUGAAUGAAUCAGGCCAGGAAGACUAUAACAGGCUACGGCCUUUGAGCUACCGUGGUGCUGAUGUCUUCCUGCUUGCAUUCUCUCUGAUCAGUAAGGCUAGUUACGAAAAUGUGGCUAAGAAGGUGAAGGCUUGUCCAAUAUUUUUUUAUUAGGUGCUAUUUUCCCCAGGAAAAAGUUAUCUGAAUGUUUUAAAUUGAAUAUUUUUUUGCAGUGGAUCCCUGAACUGAGACAUUAUGCACCUGGCGUUCCCAUUAUUCUUGUCGGAACAAAGCUGGGUAAUAGUUCAGCUCUUACUUCUUUUUAUCUUAGUUAUAAUUUGUUACUAGCUUUUUUUGUGAAAAAUAUUUAAUUUUCUGGGUUGAGAUAGUUGUAAUCCCUCACGUCGUUACUCAGUUAAGACUUUUAUUUGUUUUCUUGUAUUAUCCUUGCCUUUCAUAUUAGCAAUUGCCUUCUCGGGCAUAUCCAAGCUGGCUCCAUUCUGCAUUCUAUUUUCUAGCAUCAUCAUUUCGACUUGCAAGUAAUAGAGUUUGAGUUUCCACAGUUUAUGUGAAUGACUUAAGAAAUUUUAAUGUAAGGAUUUAUGUCCUUUGUUUGGUGGCGUGAAGAUUGUUAGUCUCAGUUUAUUUACUUAUUGCGCUUACAUGGUUUAGCCUUUUUCACUUGGGACAUUGUUUAUCAGAUAUUAUUUAUAUUCAUCCAUGUUCUAUAUGAUCAUCUGGGAAAGAGGGAUGUAUAUCUGUUAGUUUUGUUUGCCGAUAUAUGUGCGCAUUUAUACACUUUUUGUGUAGAGUCUUCGAAAUAGUCGGAGUAGAUGUAGAAUAAAGCUGAUGGGAAGGGGAGGAAGCGGACUAUGCUGUGAUCAUGGCCAUGCGUGAGUUGAUUCGCUUGUCAAGGAAGCACGUGGAUGUUGGACAGGAAGAAUCUAUAUAUGUUUUCUAAUGUUAUGAUGCUGAGAUAAGAUGCUUUGAGAUGUCGUGAGAGAUCGCUGUGCAGUGAUCUUGAACGCUAUUAUACAAGUGUGAUUUAUUUCUGCUGUUGUACUUUGUUCCUCUGUAAGCUGUAAUAUUAGUCUUCUCCUGGAUAUCAUUCAGCUUUUUCCGUUCUUUGGCCGUGGCAACCAUUUCUAGACUUAAUAUGAGGGUUUUCGCUAACAAAUGGGGAUUUUAUUUCCUUCGAUUGGCUCUUUUUAUUAUUAUUAUUAUUAUUUUCGUUUAGGAGAAAGCAACCUGUCCCUUUUCCCACCUCAUAGACUGUUCAUCAAGUCUCACGUGCUACCAGAUGGAACGUCCUCUUCUUCUUGUCCUUUCACUUGAGGUUUUCCUUAUCCGAUCCACGUACAGAGCUGCCUGCAGGUGUUUACUCGUCUAUGGCGGGGGUCACUUUUAGUUGACUUGCCAGAUAACCAUGAUGUCACUUGGCCGUGGCACAUUUGACCACAUUUGGCCAUGGCACUCCCUCAUGAAUCAUGGUUCGUUCAAGUCAAUUCAUCGCAAAAAUAGAUGGUGUGGUGUGGGUCAGGACUCUGCUUUUAUCCUCGAGGAUAUUCACAUCCAGAAAACCAUGGAUCUUGCUUUGUCUGGUGUUUUCUUCCUUGUUUCUUCCUUUGGAUUUUCUUCUUGUGAUCAUGGAUGACAAAGUUGAAUAAUUGAGUUGCUUACAAAAGUAUUUAUUUCAUGAUGACGAUCUUAACUUAGUCUUAUCAUUAAAUAUUUUAGACUUUGGAAAAUUGUUCUUUUGCACUAUUUUAUUUGCAAUUAUGAAGAACCUUAAAUCGGUGGCAUCGGUUAUAUCUGCAGAUCUUCGGGAUGAUAAGCAAUUUUUCAUAGAUCACCCUGGCGCAGUGCCAAUCAUGACACCUCAGGUAUGAUGUUCCUUGAUGAACCUGGAACCUUCCUUUUAAUCACUCUUGGGCUUGUUUUUUCUGUAUCCAUGUGGAAUUUAUAUGACAUCUCUUAACAUAAAAGAUCCGAUCCGGCCCAAUCCAUUGACAUAGAUUGCGCCAGGCCCAAUGAUAAUAAACUGCCAUGGAGAUGCUCGUUGGGCAGUUACGUGGCAACAAGAAAAUAGAUUUCAGUUCCCCGGGCAAAACCUAUCUAAUCGUUCUGAUGGGCUGGGCCUCUUUUCUUUAUAAGUUUGACUUUGAUUCCCAAACCCCGAUAACUGGGGCCGGGCCCCUUGACCCCCCUUGUCGUGCUGUGUGUAAAGUCUCUUCCUUGGCAGGGGGAAGAGCUCAAAAGGAUAAUCGGAGCCGCUGCCUACAUCGAAUGCAGCUCAAAAACACAGCAAGUACGCUCUCUCUCUCACCCCAUCUGGAUCAAAAUCUUCUCCUUCUGUUUUUAACUGAGUUUUUGUUCAUAUUACUCUUCGUGGACGGUGGGCAGAAUGUCAAGGCAGUGUUCGACGCAGCCAUAAAAGUCGUGCUCCAGCCACCCAAGCCGAAGAAGAAGAAGAAGAGAAAGUCGCAGAAGGGCUGCCCCAUCUUGUGA